AUGUCCAUUCUUGUAAAUGCUAGCGUUAUCAAGGACUUUAGUAUGGAGAAAGGCCUACGACAAGGAGAUCCUUUGUCUCCUUUUUUGUUUGUUUUAGUCAUGGAGGCUCUCACGGUCUUAUUGAAGAAAUCAAAGGACAUAGGUGAAUUCCGUGGUUUUAGGAUCAAUGGUGAAAAGGAGAGUAUUCUUUAUGGGAUUAAUCUGAGUGAUCGGUACUUGGAAGCCGCUUCAUCCUUCCUAUCUUGUGAAGUGGGGUCUUUGCCGUUUAAAUUUCUUGGAGUGAGGGUGGGUGAUAAUCCUAGGAAACUAUCAAUGUGGAAAGAUCGUUUAACGAUGUUAAGAAAAAGAUUGACUGUUUGGAGAGGAAAGUACCUUAGUAUGGCAGGUAGGGUGGUGUUGAUAAAUUCGGUUCUUAAUGCAAUUCCGAUUUAUUCGCUUUCUUUCUACAAGGCCCCUAAGAAGGUGUUGAAUGAGGUUAGGUCCAUACAAAGUUAG